AUGAACCCCUUUAUUCUCUCUAUCCUCUUAUUAAGCCUGGGCCUAGGUACAACGCUUACCUUCGCAAGCUCCCACUGGCUAUUAGCCUGAAUAGGCCUAGAGAUUAGUACCCUAGCUAUUAUUCCUCUAAUAUCACAGCACCACCACCCCCGCGCAGUAGAGGCUACAACAAAAUAUUUUAUUACUCAAGCAGCUGCAGCUGCCCUAAUUUUAUUUGCUAGCACCACAAAUGCAUGGAUUACCGGCCAAUGAGAUAUUAACUUCGACCUUCACUUUUUCCCAGCUUCCAUGCUCACCAUGGCCUUAGCCCUAAAAAUAGGUCUUGCCCCAGUACACUUCUGGCUACCAGAAGUUCUUCAAGGGCUUGACCUAACAACAGGACUAAUUUUAUCCACCUGACAGAAAUUAGCACCCUUUAUCCUAAUGUGUCAGAUUAUGCCAGUAAAUUCUAGCUUAAUUACUUUUCUAGGUGUAACCUCAACACUAGUCGGAGGUUGAGGGGGAUUAAACCAAACCCAACUACGUAAAAUCUUAGCUUAUUCAUCAAUUGCACAUCUUGGCUGAAUAAUCCUUGUCAUGCAAUUUAAUCAACAACUAGCUCUUCUAGCCUUAGUUAUUUAUAUUCCUAUAACUUUCUCAACUUUUAUAAUUUUUAAGACUAACUCUUCUACCACAGUCAAUACCCUGGCUGCCUCAUGAGCUAAGACUCCUGCCCUCACAGCAAUUACCCCUAUAAUUCUUCUUUCUUUAGGAGGUCUCCCCCCUCUCUCUGGAUUUAUGCCUAAAUGAAUAAUUCUUCAAGAAUUAACAAAACAGGAUAUCCCCCUGACCGCCUCAAUUGCCGCCUUAAGUGCACUAUUAAGCCUUUACUUUUAUCUCCGGGUGUCCUACGCAAUAACUUUAACUAUUUCACCUAAUAAUCUCAAUGCAACAACUCCUUGACGGCUGCAAACAACAGCAUCUACCUUGCCCCUCGCUAUUUCAGCAACAAUCUCUGCUAUGCUCUUACCCCUAGCCCCGGCAACCUUAGCUUUAUUGUCCCUUU